GAAAUGAGGCAUCCACUGCGCAGAGAUUCCCGGCUAAUCCCAACAUCGAGCUGGCGAUCUCCCAAAAGAGACGUCUUAACCCUUCAGUAGCCCGAGCGCUGCGCAUCGCAGCAACCCAAUUAGCCCUGCCGGGUGUCGAGUCUUUGCUGGACACAUUCAGUUACCCUCUUGAUUACCCUUUACAGCGAUUUUCUAAUUCUGAAGCCAUUUGUCACCUCGCUUUAUCUGUGCAUUCUAAACGCCGGAAUAAAGCUUUGGCUACACUCCUGACCCGGAGAACUUUAACACAUUACAUGAUCUUUUUAUGAGGAUUUAAAUACCCUAGACAUUUAAACCCUGUUUUUGCUUAAUCCCCCACCCUUAAUCUCCCUGUGCGCAUAGAUGGCUCGUUCCGCAUCGAAACCGAUCAUCCUAUUCGGCUCCGUGCGAUUCGAGGGAGCAAAAGCGAUACUUCUGUCUGCCCCCGAUUUAUUAAAUUAUUAACACCUUGGGCUGGAUUUACAUCGAAGCUCUGUGGACAUAGGUGGUCGUUUGUGCCCUGUUUGUGUGGUUUCCAAGAUGCACCCCUCUCCCUGUUGUAUAACCCGAAUAUAGCGCAUAUUCUGUCCCACUGCCCUCACGAAUCGCCCUUUUCUAAUCAGAACACCAGUACCCGGGGGACUUAAACCGUCGCGCUUCUUUUAAUUUUAACGACAAGUGUUUCCGCUUGCAUUCCCAUCCUUCAAUGUAGCCUCGCCCGCCGCCCUUGUGUGUUUCAGUUCCUCGGCCUGUACAGAGGCAGCGCUUUCAGUGGAAAACAAAAUUGAGGGCACGGCGCGCAUUUAGAUCGGAAACAAGGAGCGGGGUGUAAACUAAGGUCACGGUUAUUAUGGGUUCGGCACGAUUCACCAUCAUAUCCGUACGCUGCGAGAGUCGCACCAAAAUGUCCAGCUUUUAGAGCACGGAACGAAAGGUUUGCUGGCAAACACUGUGACUGACCGUAUCGAUCUCCACGAGAAUUGCACGUCAAGGGGACAGAUUAGAAGAAGGGGAGGCAGCAGCGUAAGGAGAGAAAAUGCUUUCUGCAAGCCCCCUGUAUGGGAACGUGCACAGCUGGAUGAGCAAUGAGAGGGUCCGCAUGUGUGGCAUCAAUGAAGACAGGAAAGUCCUUAUUAAUGAUGGGGACAUUCAGAAAGCAAGACUUGAACUAAGGGAAGAUCAUCUUGGUCACACCUUGGUCGAGGCAGCAGCUGUACAUCGUAUUGACAGCCUAACAGCGCUUACAAUGGACCGCACUGGACUUAUGCAGGAAGGGAUGAGAGUUCCAAGUGGCAUGGUGUAUCCUACUUUGUGUGGUCUUGGCCCAGAGAAGGUCCGUGAACCUUCCAGAACCAUUCCUGGACUUGGAUAUGUCUCUAACAGAAAUCCCGAUCUGCAGUACAAACCUACUGCUGCUGAAACUAUGGAUAAUUCUCACAUGUCUGUGAAACAGUCCAAUGGAUUUAAUCCUUUGUUUAAAACACCACCAGGACUACAAAAGGCACCUGUUUCUACCAGUGAAUCACUUGUGAUGGAAAGAUCAUCAAGUGACAAACAAAAUCCUUUAAGUGUUAAUGGUGCUAAUUACUUGAGAAUUCCAUGGAUGAAUCCAUAUAUGGAGAACACAUCACCAGCUAUGUAUCCCUUUAUUGAUUCACCAAAUAAGUAUUCUUUAAAUAUGUAUAAAGCAUUUCUACCUCAGCAGUCUGCUUACAGCAUACCACAGCAUUUGGCCUACUCACCAGUCUGUCCCAAUGGUGAACGAUUUGUCUACAUACCACCUUCGCACUACGUAGGGCCUCACGUUACAUCAGGUCUGGCACCAUCCAUGAAAAUACCUCCACCAUCCGCUGCACCUGCAAUUCCUACUUCAGUACACUGUUUAGAAAAGAAUUUACCUUGGAAAAUAGGAGUAAGCCAUGGAUCUGCAGUUGACUCCCAUGUAUAUUCACAUCUUCCAAACAGCAAACAACCUAGGGUCACAUGUGCUAAAUCUACAACUGGGAAUAUCUCACCAGAGCUGUUGUCUCCAUCUCAGAGACCAUCCUCUAGACUUCACUGCCCAGUCCAGCAAGUUGGAGAUAGCUUUUCAGAGUUUCAGGCUCCGUUUGUCAAAAUACCAACUCCACCUACUUCCAUUGUCCACUCAAAGCCACUGACUAAUGUGAGCAGUGAUUUCCCCCCUUUAAGGAUCCCUAACAUAAAAUUUCAUAAAAAUCAUGAACCUCAAAUUGCACAGGUGCAAGCACCACUGAAAAAGAAUAGGGACAGAAAAGAAAGCAAAUCUCCAGUAUUGAUGCAGAAGCAAAUGUCUCAUAAAGAUGGAGGAGAAAAACCACUAGAUUUGUCUUCCAAGUUUGGUGAUGCUGAUACUUCAAAAGUGGAAUGUACAGAGAAUUUGCCAUCUAUUUUACAUCUUGCUAGCCAUGUGAAUACUAAGGGUCUCACUAGCAGGGAUUCUCAUAAAGAAGCUGUUUCACCUUCUACAAAUAGCAGUGGUAUGGUUAGACCUGAAAUUAUCAGCACCGCUGCAUCUUCAUGGGUGGUUCCUGGUAUUAUUCAUAAAGAAGAGACUAAUGGCAUCAUUAUGUCACUUAAAAACAAAACUCUGGAGAGGGUUAUGCCACAGCAAAGAAGCUCCUCGUGUCCUCGAAUGGGAAGUGCUGAAAGUGCAGUGGGUAUUAAUCCAGGAAUUGUCCCACCUAUGGGUCGACCAGCUUCUGCUUCCCCUGCCCCAAAUGCUAAUGCAGAAGUCCGAAAUCCAGAAAACUGUAAUAAAUCUGUUAUUCAGCAGGUACCUACAUCCGUUACUACCUCUGUUAAAAAUAACAGGGUGGUAAAACCAUCUGUUCCAGAGUGCACCAUGAAAGUAAAUGAGAAUAGUAUGCCCCCUGCUGCACCUAUGUUUGUACAUCAGAGUGAGCCUUUUUGUUCUCCUCCCUUGGCCUACCCAAGCAGUUUUAUCCCCUACCAGGUUUCUGAGACCCUUGCCCUAUCACAUUUACACUUACAUAGCAAAGCUCCAGUUUAUCCCCACCCUCUCUUGCUUUCCAAUGGUAGUCUUUUUCCAGGGCCUACGGCGCCCAAACCAGGAAUCCCUUAUAGUAUCCCAACUAACAGGGAUUACAUGACUUAUCAAGACACAUUAGGAAUGGUCCAUCCAAUAUUAUUACCACCAUCAACUAUAGAAAUGAGCAAGGAUGGACAAGAAAGAAGAUCUAGAUCUCACGAGAGACCUAGGUAUGACGAUUCUCCACCCAGGAGUAGGCUGUUGGACAUAUCUGAUUCAAACUCGAAAUUAAAUUUUGACGUACCUGCUGACAAAGCCUUGAAGACUCAUCAUAGUUCCAGGCAUGUUUCAAAACAAGAAAAGCUAAGCACAAAUGCUGAAAGAGAUGCAAAAUCCAACACUAACUUGGUAAUGAAUGGAUUUGUCCCUGAAAAUUUCAAAACAAACAAUAUGACUGCGGAGAAACCAGAACAGGGAUUGCAGAACAGAGAACUUAUAACUAGAGAAGAGUUUCAAAGAACAAAUGAAUUUCACAGAUCUUUUCAAGUUUCCAAGCCUACUAAACUAGAGUCACCUGUUUUUCACUACAGGCAGGAGAGCCCUUUAGGCAACCAAAACACAGACUGCAGUGCAGCUGAAGCUUGUGCUAGAUUUUUGGCACCACCAGAGAGCAAUGAUAUUCCUGUUGGAAAUUUUAACAGAGUACAGGAGAAAUCGCAGCCUUUUCUUGGGCCAAAUGGACAGUCUGAUAUUGAAAUGAUUGAGUCUCUUGGCAGAGAUGCUGCUGAUGAAUUUGAAACAAUUAAUGGAAAACUUGUCAAAACAAAGUCCUCAAAACUGACAAAAAGGAUAGAAAACUCUGCAGGUUAUGUGGCGGAUCGGUUUAAAUGCUUGACAACAGAAUUGUAUGCGGACUCAAGUCAACUUGGCCGAGAGCAGAGGGCUUUGCAAAUUGAAGGCUUAGAAGAGGACAGUAUUUUAAGUCCACCUGCUGCUUACUGUGAGCGAGCAAUGAUGCGUUUCUCAGAGCUGGAGAUGAAAGAGCAAGAAGAACACAUGCCAUCCAAAGAUAAUGAGUCCGGCAAACAGUUUACAGAGUGGGGGGAGCUGAAACCUUCUGUUGCUAAACCUGUGGCCACCAGCGUGGAACAUUCUGGCAACAUCCAAAUGGAGGAGGUUGAAAAGAACACUUUUGUUAAUAUGGAUGAAAUUGCAAAGUAUCCCGAGAGGGAAUAUCUGAAAGGGGACUGUCCCUUUCAGAGAAUGAAUCUGUAUGAAGAAGCAGUACUCCCAGCAGAUAACUUCAGUCAAGGGCAUUGUCUGGGUGUAAAGAGAAAACACCCAGAGGAAAUUCAGCCAGAGGAAUUCAGACACAGUUUAAGCACAGAGGAGGCAUUGCAAGAGGACACACAGGCUAAAAGAAAAAGGAUCGAUGACCACUGUGGGAAGGAUUUUGUAGACUUUUCCUCAAAGGUCCUUGCGGAUUCCCAUUCUAACGAAGUUACCAAUCUGAAAGUCUGUAUAGAAUUAACAGGACUCCACCCUAAAAAGCAACGACACCUACAGCAUCUCAGGGAGCUGGGCCAGCAAUGCAGGAAGGACUCAAGUGAAAUCAGAGGGGUUUCAGAGACUGAAAAUAAACUGAAACCAUGGGAGGAAGAGCAGGCAGUCAAGAAAAAAACUGAAAGUAAAUGCACAGGCCGCCUGGAGAGCAUAAAAACCGACGUCCCUGAAGAAGGUAGCAACUGCCUGCAAGGAACUCAGGCUGAUCUGAUGUAUUUUUAUUUAUGCUAUGCAAACACCUCUGUUUCUCCGUACCCGAAAGGAUUUCCAUCUGGCUGCCCAAGCAGCAAGCAACAGAAUCAGGUGCAUUCCACCCUAGCCUCUCGGUUAACAUCCAAACAGCAGAAGAUCAGAGACAAUCACAAGUCAAAUGUGCACAUUGCAGAUGAAGAGGGAGAUGUCCAAGUCACGUCAUUACUUGAGGAUUACACAGACUGUGAAAAGCCCUCUGGAAAACGCCAGUGCAAGACAAAGCACCUGGCACCACAGGAGAGGAGGAGGAGGAAAAGGUUGUCAGUCAGUGGGGAUGACAGCAGAGAUGAGAAGGUUGUCUUGAUGGGGCACAAAAAGCAUGCAGAAUGCAGUGCAGAUGAAUCGCCAGUCAAAAUCCAAGAUCAAAUGGCAUCUGCAGUACAGACACCAUCAUUAGCAUUACCCAAUAUUGUUCAGGAAACCACACCAAGUCGACCCAUGCCACCAGAAGCACGCCGAUUGAUUGUUAACAAAAAUGCUGGGGAAACGCUUUUGCAGAGAGCAGCACGUCUUGGAUAUGAGGAAGUCGUCUUGUAUUGCUUGGAAAGCAAGUCAUGUGAAGUAAACCACAGAGACAAUGCUGGCUACUGUGCUCUACACGAGGCUUGUGCAAGAGGCUGGCUGAGCAUUGUAAGACACCUUCUAGAGCAUGGGGCAGAUGUCAACUGCAGUGCUCAAGAUGGGACCAGACCAAUCCAUGAUGCAGUGGAGAAUGACCACCUAGAAAUUGUACGAUUGUUGUUAUCUUAUGGAGCUGACCCCACCCUGGCAACCUACUCAGGCAGGACAAUUGCAAAAAUGACACACAGUGAAGCAAUGGAAACUUUCCUAACAGAGUAUUUAACUGACCUGCAAGGGCGAAGCUGGGAUGAUCCUGGAUUGUCAUGGGAUUUUUAUGGAAGCUCAGUCUGUGACCUAAAAGAAGACAGUGGAUUUGACAUUUUGGCAAAUCCUCCUGGGCCAGAUGAGGAAGACGAUGGUUAUAAGGAUGCCUUUGAAUUUGAGUUUUCAGACAGCCCUCUUUUGCCUUGUUAUAACAUUCAGGUGUCCCUUUCACAGGGGCCCAGAAACUGGAUGCUGCUUUCAGAGGUGACAAAGAGACUGAAGAUGUCGUCACAGACAUUUACUGCUGAGAAUCCUCACCUUGAGAUAGUCAGUAUUACUGAGGCAGAAUUCUACAAACAAGUGUCAUUAAGUCAACUCUUUUCUUCUCCAGAAGGCCUUGAAGGGUUCAGUCCAGACAGCAAGGGAUUGGUGGAGCUUGUGGAAUUCACAAAUGAACUGCAGACUUUAUUGGGUUCUUCAAUCGAAUGGGUAGAUCCUGAGAAUGAAACUACUUACAGUGGCUGUUGAACAGCCAGACCCCUGUAAAUGUGUACUAUAAUACUGAUCCAUUUAUUUGUGAAUGUUUCAUAAUGAGAAAACACUAUGAUAGAGGUUUCAGUGAAAAGUGAUAUAUCCUCAAAUGGAACUGUUUUUUCCCUCUCAGAAACCCUAAAUCAAUUUAUAGAGAUCUGAAUAGCCUUAUCAUUCGGUGCACAUUUGCUUUGGGGAAUGACAUUUUGUUUUAACCUGUAACACUUUAUUUUAUUAUGAUUAUUAUUAUUAUUUUAAUACAUUGACAUUUUCAAAGCACUGAAUGCACGGAAGAUACUUUAUAAUUUGUACUGAAUUCAAAGUCAUGUGGAUCAAGGAGAGGCACUUCAACAUUUUUAUGUUUACAGAAUUACCCGCCUUGGGUAAUUAAUAUUGGAUGUAAUCCAGAUUUUUUUUGUAAUAUAGAUGGAAAUAUAAAUAUAUAUAUAUAUAAAUCCACUGAAAUGUGUUUUGAAUUUUUGUAUUCUAAUUUAAAAUGUUACUUUUCACACUUCAGUUAGAUGCGUUGUGUGUAUGUGUGUAUGACUUCUGUUUAUAUAUUGCACACGUCCAAACUGCUGCAUCGCUAUACAUAUAUAAAUAUAUACAUACAUUUAGACAUAUUAUGCUCUAAUUUAAAAAUAAAAAUGCUUUGAACUUU